UGACAACUUUGCUUAAGAAUUCUGUGCGAGGCCGAGCUCUUCUUAAGUCUGACUACAAAAAUAAAACGCUUACAAAUGCACAAAGAGAGGAUAUAAUUAAUAUUGUAUUGGAAGAGGUUAUUUCAAAGAAUAUUAAUCUUAGAGUGCAGGACUUUCCUUGCAUAGUGGAUGAAAUAUGCUCCAUAUUUCCCAGUGAAGUUAAUAUGCAGGACUAUUACUUCAUUUCGAGGCAAGGAAAAAACAAUCUGUCUGGAAAGUUGUAUUCACAGUAUAAAAACCAAAAAUCGAAGCACCGAAAGGUUGAAGGUUUAUCUGAGCCGUCUGAGAGCAAAGAUAAAAACUAUGCUAACAGAUCGAUUGUCCAAACUCCAGAAGUUGAUGAGUCGGUUUCCGAAGCAUAUAAAACAUCCUUAAACAGAGACUGUGCGGAUUGGGCCGAAGUUUGCGACAAAUGGAAUAAAACCUUUCAUUUAAGGCAGCGAGACCUAUGUAAUUUGAGUCCCUUGGAUUUUUUUUAAGCUUGGUCAAAAUUGUCACAUGCACAGGCUUGAUUUGGUAUGAAAAAACGAUUAAUUGUUUUUCGUAGUGAUUUUAUUUAUCCAUUUUUAUGGUAACAUUUUAUUACAAUUUAUGGUAACUAAGAAGGGAAUAUCUGGAA